UCCCCCCUUCAAAUUUGGGUUGAGGCCGCGUUCUCCCGACGCUCUCAGAUCCCUGACUUCGCCUUCCCUUCGAGCCCUAAUCUUGAUCCAAACCCUAGCUCCCGUGAUCGUAGAUGGGGAGGACCAUGGCGUCGAAGAAGAGGAAGGCUCCGGCAGCCGUCGCAAGAGAGGAAGAGGCCAGCACCAGCGGCGGUAGCAAGUCGCCGGAGGAGCUCCAGAAGGAGUCGAACAAGGGCGCCGCCAGAGGGAAGCGGGUCAAGGCGUCGAAGCCCAAGCCGGAGCCCGAGUACUUCCCUGAGAAACGGAACAUGGAAGAUCUUUGGCAAGCGGCUUUUCCAGUUGGGACUGAGUGGGAUAACAUGGAUAAAAUUGGUGAGAUAAAUUGGAGCUUUUCCAAUUUAGAGAAUGCGGUUGAGGAGGGAGGUGAGCUGCACGGGAAGACAGUUUACAUAUUUGGCAGCACCGAAGCUCAAAUGUUGGCUGUAAAUGGUGAAGAGAAAGUUGUGCUUAUCCCAGUUGUUGUGGCUGUGGUUUCUCCAAUUCCACCAUCUGAUAAAAUUGGUGUAAAAUCUGUCCAAAGGGAAAAAGAAGACAUAAUACCCAUGAAGGCAAUGAAAAUGGCAUGGGUUCCAUACAUUCCACUUGAAGAUCGUCAAAGUCAAGUUGAUAGGCUGAAGACUCAAAUAUUUACAAUUGGCUGCACACAGAGAAGAUCUGCGUUAAAACUUCUAAAAAUUGAGCGUGUCAAACAAUAUGACUAUUGUCUUCCUUACCUUCAGCCACUAAAAGCUGAUGAAGAUGAGGAUGAUACAGUUGUUAACAUAAUGUUUCCUUUAGAACCUCCGAUCGUCUGUGAUUUUGAUUGGGAAAUGGAUGAUCUUGAGGAAUUUACUGGUGAACUCAUUUCAGAGGAAACAUUACCCGAAGAUAAGAAAGAUGAGUUUAAGGAGUUUGUGAAGGAGCAAGUUAGAGAAAGGAGGAAAUUUCAGCGAGAGGCAAAGGAAGCCAGGAAAAAAACUAUAGAAGAUAUGGAUCCGGAGACAAGAUCUGCUUUUGAUAAUAUGAAGUUGUAUAAGUUUUACCCUGAUCAAACAUCAGACAUACCUGACAUUAGCAAAGUAAAGGUAUCAUAUAUAAACAGGUACUAUGGAAAAGCUCAUUUUCUGAGGUAGAUUCAGUCUUCGGUCUCUGCAAUGGUGAGCUCAACUGUCAGACUUCACCAAGCAACACAAAAUUGGAAGAACCUGCUUCAGACUGUCAGAGGCCUUGUUGUAUAUGUUAUUUUGUCAAAUUUUUUGCGUUUCUCAUGAAAACUUAGUGUUCUAAGUGAAGAUGCACUAUAUGUCAAGGAUCUUAGUUGAGAUUUUGCUUAGUUUCCAUCCGUUAUGUUCCGAAAUCAACUUAGCAUACAGUUGGUAGACAGAAAAUUGUAUUAUUGUUGGGUAGGGAAGCCAAAAGAAACUUGUCAUUCGGCAAGGGGACAAAAAUGUCCCCAUUUACAUUCUUGUUAACAAAUGCUUAAUUUAUUUCUACCAUCUCUUAAUCAAAUGGCUGUUACC